AUGACUGUAAUACCCAACAACAGUUUGUUUGCAAACUUCAAAAUCGAAGUAAAGUAUCUCCAAUUAUUUUGUGCGCUAUUGUGGUGCUUGUUUGCUGCUGGUCCAGUAUUUGGCUUUGCUGCUUUAAAACCAAUAUUGAUAGCUCAAGGGGUUUAUGAGAAUAGAUGCUCAGUGAAUAUUCUUCCUCAUGAUAAUUUUGCAUUUUCAGACUUUACAGCUGGUGACAAAAAUAAUAAUGAUAACAAUGGUAACAAUAAUGAUAGUUCCACUACUCUAUGCAAUGAGCAAGAUCUAGCUUUAAAUUUCAUGUUUACAUUAGCCGCAGUUUUAACAAAUACCAUUAGUCUAAUUGUUGGCAUUAUUCUUGAUAAAUUUGGUUCAAGAAUAUCCGGUGUCAUUGGUUCGAUAUUAAUCUCUUUGGGCUCAUUAAUCUUCAUUUAUAAUAGCUCGACUUUUUUUCAAAACUUGUAUUUUUUUGAUCCGUUUUUAAUUGGGUAUUCAUUGUUAGCUCUUGGUGGCCCUUUUGUAUUUAUAAGUUCAUACCAGCUAGCCAAUUUAUUUCCAAACAAUUCAGGAACUGUUUUGGCUUUUUUAACCGGUGCUUUUGAUUCAUCCUCUGCUUUAUUUUUAGUUUACAGUCUAGUUUACUUUGACAAAUUGAAAUUUUUGUCAUAUUUAAACAUCAAUUUUGCUAAUUUGUCUCUAAGUUCCUUUUUCAAAUGUUACUUAAUUGUUCCCUUUUUCAUAAUAAUUUGUCAAUUAUUUAUAAUGCCAAAAGAGAAAAAAAAGACUGAUUAUAUUUCAAAUAAUAUAAGCAACAUAAAUGCCUUGGUUGAUUCAGAUUCAAACAAUCUUCGGAAUCAAAUACAUAUCCAUAACCACGAUGACUAUGCUAUACAUGAUGAUGAACAUACAAUCAGUAGUUUUUGCAAUAACCUGCAUCCAGAUUUAAACUUCAGUCAAACCAAUCUUCCAAAAAAGGAAAAAGAAAAGGAUAUUUUAAUUGGAAUAUGCUACAAUUAUUCAUUAAAGAGACAAUUGUCCUCAAAGUUUUUCAUACUAAUGUGUCUUUUUACAUCAAUUCAAAUGUUAAGAAUUAAUUAUUUUAUUGCGACAAUAAAAACUCAGGAGACAUAUUUACUAGACUCAAUCGAAAAGGCUAUCCAAGUAAACAAGAUUUUCGAUUUGGCAUUGCCAAUUGGUGGCUUAUUAUCAAUUCCCUUUAUUGGGCUAAUUUUAGACAAUUUUCAAUGUUUAAAUAUAAUUAAAAUCUUAUUAGUCAUUAGCAUAGUAAUUGGUUUGUUAGGCAUGACAACAAGUAUGGUUUUGAAUAUUUUCGGCGUUUGGCUAUUGGUUAUCUAUAGGCCAUUUUAUUACACAACUGUAUCCGAUUACUGUUUGAAGAUUUUUGGUAAUGAUAAUUUCGGAAUGGUGUAUGGGUCGAUUAUCUUCAUUUCAGGCUUGUUCAACCUCAACCAGUACUUCCUCGACAAUCUAACUCAUAACUUUUUCCAAAUGAAUCCAAUUCCUGUGAAUCUUAUGUUGGUUGUCAUUACCUUUGUGCUUGGAUGGUGGCUACUCCAAUUUGUCAUCGUAAAUCUCUACAAAAUCAAGAAAAGAGAUCUUGUGGAAGAAGCUGAACAGGCUCCAACUUUUGAAAUCCCAUACUGA